UGGGACCACUUCGCCAAGAAGCGCUCCCGCCGGCCCGCCAGCGCCUGCCCCCGGCCAGGGUUGCCCCGGCAACCAGCAGCCCAGCCAAUCCGCGCCCAGUGCCGCUGGAGCCAUGGCCGUCAGGACAGCACUGAUCGUCCUGGCACACUCAGAGAGGACAUCCUUCAACCAUGCCAUGAAGGAGGCAGCUGUGGAGGCUCUGAAGGGCAGAGGAUGGAAGGUGAUGGAGUCUGACCUCUAUGCCAUGAACUUCAAUCCCCUCAUUUCCAGAAAGGACAUCACAGGUGAGCUGAAGGACCCUGAGAACUUUCAGUAUCCUGCUGAGGCCUCGCUAGCUUACAAGGAAGGCCGCCUGAGCCCGGAUAUUGUGGCUGAGCAAAAGAAACUGGAAGCUGCAGACCUUGUGGUAUUUCAGUUCCCGCUGCAGUGGUUUGGAAUGCCUGCCAUUCUGAAAGGCUGGUUUGAGCGAGUGCUCGUGGCGGGGUUUGCCUACACGUACGCUGCCAUGUACGACAAGGGCCCUUUCCAGAAUAAGAAGACGGUGCUCUCCAUCACCACUGGUGGCAGUGGCUCCAUGUACUCCCUUCAGGGUGUCCACGGGGACAUGAACAUCAAUCUCUGGCCAAUUCAGAGUGGCACUUUGCAUUUCUGUGGCUUCCAAGUCUUAGAACCUCAACUGACUUACAGCAUUGGGCAUGUGCCACCGGAUGCCCGAACCCAGAUCCUGGAAGGAUGGAAGAAACGCCUGGAAAAUAUUUGGGAGGAAACACCACUGUAUUUUGCUCCAAGCAGCUUCUUUGACCUAAACUUCCAGGCAGGAUUCCUUAUGAAAAAAGAAGUAGAGGAGGAACAGAAAAAUAAGAAAUUUGGCCUUUCUGUGGGCCAUCACUUGGGCAAGUCCAUUCCAACUGACAACCAGAUCAAAGCCAGAAAAAAUGACUCAUAGGCUUGCUUUUCUAACAUGUAGACAGUCUAGGUAUCAUUCUGUUUCCCCAACUUGCUUUAGAUUUUAAGGUUUGUGUUUUUCCUCAGGUCCAUAAAGAAUGAGUAGGAAAAGGAUUAGGGUGUAUUUGUAACAUUGUAGAUAGUCUUACUGGUUGUUAGGAUUGCUAGUGUGGCUUAUAACUAGACUGUUUUAGUCAUUAGAGGCCACUUGGGUGGUAAAGCAAAGAAAGGUGUAGGAAAAUGCUAGAAAAUAGUCUUUAAGGCCAACUAUACAAUUUAUUUCCUUUUUUUAGGGCUGAACUGUUAGGGCCAAUUCGGGCUAGAUAGCAUCCAAAUCUCCAGUGAUCUACUUUAAUUACCUCUCUGUGGUUUACAGCAGAAGGGGAAUUGCCCAGAGAAAAUAAUGACUGAAUCCAUCUAGCCUAAGGGACUUUGUUUGGUUGUUAGCAAUCCAAUGCUUGUUUAUGAUCUUUAUUGGUUUCAAUUACUAUACAGUGACUAAUAUGCCUCUCUUCCUUCAACUUUUUUUUGUACCUAUGUGCACAUAUACCUUAAAAUGAAGCUAAUAAAGGUCUCUUCCUUAAUCUU